GCACUAUUCUGCAGCAAUUUUCUCAUUUCAUUUGGUGGUGAAACGUGCGGCAGCUUUUUUCUAACAGCUUGUCUGGGGGAAGUACACAUAAAUAUCCUCAAACAAAUAUCUUUAAAAGUUUGAACUCCAUGGAUGAUAAGUACGUCAAGUAUGUUUGGAUUAUUCUUAAGAGUGCCAUUCAGGAACUACAGAAAGAUAAUCCUGGAGUCUCUCAUGAGGAGCUCUAUACAAAAACCUACGAAGUGGUCAUGAACAAACAUGGAUUUCGCAUGUACAACGGACUAAGAGAGCUGCUGACAGAUCACUUAAAACAAAAGGUGCGAGAGGAAUUGAUCUCGAAUUUGAACAGGAAUUUUCUAUCCAAGUUGAAUGAAGUGUGGAUUGAGCAUCAGACCUCAAUGCGCAUGUUAAGUGAUAUGCUUGGAUACAUGGAUCGCAGCUAUGCCGAGCCACGUGGAUUGGAGAGUGUCUACAUUCUAGGAUUGCAAUUAUUCCGAUAUGAAAUCAUUGAGUUUGAGGACAUCAAACAAGAGCUGAGACAGAAUUUGUUGGAUUUGAUAAAAGCAGAGCGAUUUGGGGAGUCCAUCAAUGAGUUAGAGAUUAAAAAUAUCUGCACAAUGCUCCACACUCUGGGCAAAAAUACGCGCCACGUUUAUGAGAAGAUUUUCGAAGAACCUUUUCUAGCUCAAACUGGAAAGUUUUAUGAUCUGGAAGCGGAGAAGCUCUUGGAAAACGAAGCUGUGUAUUUUGAGCAGGAAAUGAAGCUGCACAUUGAAAAGGAAUCAGCUCGACUCUCAAAAUAUUUGGACGAGGAAACAGAGCAGAAGGUUGUAAAAUUGUUAGAAGAAAUAAUUAAGAAAUACAAGACUUAAGAUGCCCAUUAAACUAUUCACAAUGCAAAGUUCAACAACUACAAAAUGCUGGUUCAGCUGGUAAACAAAAUGUAAAUUGAGCUGCGUACGUGUCAAGUUUGGAAUUUGCAAGGGGAUUUCCUCAGAUCAAAGUCUAUAGUUUAGACACCAAAUGAUAAGCAAAGUCGAUGUAUUAUUCAUUUCGAGAAAGCAGCAAAGUUCGGAAUAUUGUCAACAACAUUUUGUAAAUUUGUUAGAGUAUUAAAUAAAAAAUAAAUGCAGCUUAUGCAAUGCAAAUAAUAAAAAAUAUAUUUUCGUAUCUAUAAAGAUCUGUGCAAAUCCAAGAAUUUGCCACACAAAUAGUCAAUAUUGUGUGCUCUGCUCUCUCACCCACAUCUAAUUUGUAAAUAAACUUA